AUGGUUAAAGGUAAGAAAGAGACCGACGAAGUCGUUGAACCUGUCUUCGUUAAAGGAACCAUGAGGUCAUUCUUACAAACAGAGUCUUCUGAAGACCUUGUUAAGAAAAGAUCAUUGAAGAAAAAUGAUUAUAUCUUCCUUUUGAUUAUAAUCGUUUUAUCGGUCAAUAUUAGGUUAUCAAGUUUAUCCGUACCUAAUUCUGUUGUAUUUGAUGAAGUCCAUUUCGGUAAAUUUGCUAAGAGAUAUAUCUUAGGGAAAUUCUUCAUGGAUGUCCAUCCACCUUUAGCUAAAGUUUUAUUUGCAGCUGUAAAUUUAUUAAGUGGGUUCAAAGGUGAUUUUGAUUUCGAAAAAAUUGGUGAUGUUUAUCCUGAUUUCGUUCCAUAUGUUUCAAUGAGACUCUUCCCUGCUUUAUUAGGUGUUGGAACUGUUAUUUUGAGUUACUUAACUAUGAAAGUUUCUGGUUGUAGAUCAUGGGUUUCUUUCUUAACAAGUUACUUGUUACUUAUUGAUAAUUCUUUGAUCACAAUUAGUCGUUACAUUUUAUUGGAUUCACCUUUGAUAUUUUUCAUUGCUUUAACUGCUUACUUCUUCAAAAGCUUUGAAAUUCAAAAACCUUUCACUUUUGGUUGGUAUAAAUACUUAAUUGGUACUGGUGUUGGUUUAGGUUUAUCAUUAUCAUCAAAAUUAGUUGGUUUAUUUACCAUUGCUUGGGUUGGUUUAUUAUGCUUAUACCAAAUGUGGUUCUUAAUUGGUGAUUUGAAAGUUUCAACUAAGAAAGUUUGGUUACAUUUCUUUUCAAGAGUUAUUAUUUUAUUAGGUGUUCCUAUUAUUUUCUACUUAGGAAUGUUUGCUGUUCAUUUCCAAAUUUUGAAUAAAGAUGGUGAAGGUUCAUCAUUCAUGUCGCCUUCUUUUAGAACAGGAUUGAAGAACAGUUUGGUUCCAACUAACAUUGAAGCUAAUGUUGGUUUUGGAUCAAUUGUUAAUAUCAAACAUUUAGAAUCCGGUGGUGGAUACUUACAUUCUCAUAAUUUAUUCUACCCAACAGGUUCCAAGCAACAACAAAUCACCUUAUAUCCACAUAUCGAUAGUAACAAUGAUUGGUUGAUUGAACCUUAUAACACUUCAAUCACUGAUGAAUUCAUUCCUAUCAAAAGCGGUAUGAAAGUUAGAUUGAAACAUGUUAACACUGGUAGAAGAUUACAUUCACACGAUGAAAAACCUCCAGUUUCUGAAAGAGAUUGGCAAAAAGAAGUCAGUUGUUAUGGAUACGAAGGUUUUGGUGGAGAUGCUAAUGAUGAUUUUUAUGUUGAAAUUGUUGAUAAAAAAACCACCGAUCCUGACUCCAAAACUUAUGUUAAAGCUUUAACCACUGUUUUCAGAUUAAGACAUGUCAUGAGUGGAAACUACUUAUUUGCUGGUAAAAACAAAUUACCAGAUUGGGGUUACGAACAAACUGAAGUUACUGCUGCUUCUCAAGGUGCUAGACCUUUAACUUAUUGGUACAUUGAAGCUAACACCAAUGAAAGAGUUCCAGCCAAUAUUUCUGAAAUUGCUCAAUAUCCAACCAUGAACUUCUUACAAAAAUUUGUUGAAAACCAUGUUAAAAUGUGGACUUUGAAUUCUGGUUUGACUGACUUCCAUCCAUGGCAAUCAGAUCCAAUUGAAUGGCCUUGGGUUUUAAGAGGUAUCAGUUAUUGGGCAAAAGAAAAUAAGAACAUUUACCUUUUAGGUAAUUUACCAGUAUGGUGGGCUUCAAUUUUCACCAUCGUUUUCUCUGCUGUCUAUGGUGGUAUUCAAGUGUUGAGAUGGCAAUUAGGUAGUACCAUUGGUGGUGAAAAACAUAUUUUCAAUUUCAACCAUCAAGCUUUCACCUAUUUAACUGGUUGGUUAUUACAUUAUAUGCCAUUCUUCUUGAUGGGAAGACAAUUAUUCUUACAUCAUUACCUACCAGCAUUCUAUUUCAGUGUUUUAUGUUUGGGUCAAUACUUAAACAUUUUGGUUACUUAUGUUGGUAAAAACUGUCAAAUCUUAAGUAAAGUCAUUUACUUGGGAAUUUUUGCUUUAACUGUUUGUUCAUCAAUCUUUUACUAUAAUUAUUCACCAUUAAUUUAUGGUAAACCUUGGGUUAAAUCUCAAUGUCAAGCUACUAAACUUUUCAAUUGGGAUUAUGAUUGUAACAAUUACUUAGACUCAUUUGGAGACUAUUCCAAGAUCCAAAAAGCUUCCAACAAUCAAGCUUUACCAAACAUUUUAGAACCAAAGAAAGUUAAAGAGACUCCUUACAAACCAGUUGAUAAGAAUGAAUUGAAGAGAGGUAAUCCUAACUUCAAAGCUGAUAAGAAGAGUUCAAAAGCUGAUCCAAAAUCAGAAUCAGCUGAUAAAAAAGAACCUGUUGAACAAUUAGUUCCUCCUUUACCUGACGAAGAAACUAAAUAA